CAACUAUAGUAUAGCGCUCAUUACUAGUGUGAAUCUACGUACUGUUUCCGCAAUCUACACUACUUUGUGCAGUGUUCAAGUACAGUGCGUGGCAACAUGGCGCGUAAACAUAGCGCCGAACCUGCGAAGGUUACGAUGAAGCCCAAAUGUACUAACAAAGUUAAGAAGAACAAAGGCAAAGAGACAAACAGUGCCAUUAAACGCGGCAAUAAGAGAGACAAGAAGGAAUUAGCCAAGUACAAUGUCUAUGAGGACUCGGACGAUGGCGAUGGUGCAGGACCAUCUAACUCAGAAAGAAAGUUCAAUGAUGUGGAUGUGUACGAGUACAAACUGCCGGAAAAUUUUGACGACGAGGAGAUCGAUGAGGACGAGGCCUUUGAUGACGAGGACAACUUGAGAUAUGGUGAUAUGAAUUUAGGGGGUAAAAAAAGUUCUGAGAAGCACGACAGCGACUCGGACGCAGUUAGCGAAGCGUCAGAGGAUGAUCUUGAUUUAGAGGGCGAAGAUGGUAUGGACAUAUCUGAGAUGUUCAACGACGACUCCAAUGCGAACAAUAAAGCAGCCAAACAAGAUUUUAGCGAAAUUAUGGCGAAAUCCCGGUCAACCGCCGAACUCGAAGCGAUAGCACUCGACGAGGGAGACAACAGUGACAAUGAAAGGGACGAGCGUGGAGAUGCCAUCCGCCACAGCGGACUGUUAUCGGCGAUAGAUAAGCUCGACAAAGGUGGCAAAGCAGCGAACAAAUGGGCCAAGUUGAGUGAAAUAAACGAGAGCGUGCAGGCGUCUGAGUUUGCACUCACCAGCAACCAGCGCGAGGCGGGCAGGGGCAUGCUCACCAUGGAUGAUUUGAUGAAGAGUGUGGGUGAGGCUAGUGGCCUGGGGGGGCUAAAGAAACAACUGGAACAUCUGGCAAAGGGCGACAGCACACUGCCUGUACCCAUGGCCAAACGGGCGCUAGAUCGUGUGUCUCGUAAGGUGGCCUUUGAGCAAUCAGCGAUGGAAGUAUCGAAGUGGACUAGCGUGGUGAAACGCGACAGAGAAGCGGAACACUUGUCAUUCCCAAUGAAUGCGCCGGAAUUGGAGAAGAAUUCAAACGCGGAAUUGGCCAGCAAGUUUGAAGCACGCACAGAUCUGGAGAAGAACAUUGGUAGUGUUCUUGAUGAUUCAACCAUGCAAGAGUUGGAAGGCGGAUUCCUAAAAGGCGAAUCGCUCGAGUUACAAAAUCUCGAUCCACAGGAGAAAAAAGAACGUCGCCAGGAGCUGCAAAAAAUGCGUGCGUUGCUUUCUUAUUACGAGAAGAAGCGUGCUCGCAUCAACAAAAUCAAGAGUAAAGGCUAUCACAAAAAGCUGAAGCAGGAGGCAAAAAAGAAAGCUGGUGCUAAUGAUCUAAUGCAAGCAGACAUGGUACUAAGUCAGGAGGAACAACUCAAGGCAGAGCGAGAACGGGCACAGGAGCGUAUGACGCUGCGGCACAAGAAUACCUCUAAGUGGGCCAAGAACCUUCUCAGGCGCAACACCAUGGAUCCCACGGCCAAAGCACAGUUGGAAGAGCAGCUGAGACGCGGUAAUGAAUUACGCAAGAAAAUCAACGAUGACUCGGAUGGCGACAGUGUGGACGGCAGCGGGGAUGAACUCGAAGAGGACGAAAUGGAGGAGGACUACGACUCCGAGAACGAGACGGAAACAGACCGACUCCUGCGACUGCAGCGUAAGAUGGACCGGAAGGGGGAGGAAACCUCUGCGGAGAACACGGGUGUGAUGGGAAUGAAGUUCAUGAAGCGAGCCAUGGAACGCAAGCGCAAGGCCGCUAUGCAGGAGUUGGAGGCGGCAAAGGAGGAGUUGGAACGGCUGCAAAAGGACAGUGGCGCGGAAUCGAGUGACAGUGACGAGGAGGUACAACCUACGAAGAAAGGGCGAAAUCAAGCGGUGAGAAAGGAGCUGAAGGAUGGCGAGUCACAGAUAGACGCAGUCACAUUAUCCAGAGGCCACACUACAAAGUCGUCGUCUGGGGUGUCGCUAGAUUUGUCAGCCGUAACGAACAGUGAGGAGGGCAAGAACGGCCUCUUUGAUGAGAAUUGGAAAGUGAGCGCGGAAACAUCAGCCGGUGUAGGCGCAUUGAACGUAAACAAGCGUAAGGCGAAUGUACUGGAUGGGGAGCUGGAUGUGGAGGCUAGACUCUCGGCCGAGAAGAAAUUGGAAGCAGAGAUUGCAGAAAGAAGGAAGAAGUCUAAAAAAGAGAGGAUAGCCAAACAGCAACAUACCGCAAGUGAAGAAAGUGCAGGCGAGAGUGAUAGUAAUAGCGACGGUAGUGAUGAAUCGACAGACGAGAGUGAGUCUGAGGGCGAGGAUGCGACUGACAGCGAGGCUGAAGCCGAUGCCGCCAACCCCUGGUUUGUCGCAGAAGAUGAGGACACGAGUGACAAAAAGUCCGAAAAGAGCAAAACAAAGUCUAACUCGGCGAAGAACGAUGAGCCCAGUAGGAGAAAGAAAACCAGAGUGACCGAAAAUGUCAGCGCUGCUGAGAAAGACGGAGACGAGGAGGAGGAGACAGAGGAUGAAGCGAGUGGUGAAGAAGAAGAAGAUUCGCAAACCUUGAAUCUAGAGGUGGCUGGCGAGAAACAACGGAAGUUGAUUGAAGAAGCCUUUGCCGGAGAUGAUGUUGUGGAUGCCUUUGAGGAGGCUAAGGAGGAGGAGAUUGGCGAAGACGGUCCUAAAACGAAAGAAGUGGAACUGCCUGGCUGGGGCUCGUGGGGCGGCGAUGGUGUACAGGUUUCGCAGAGAGAGCUUGCGCGAAAGGAGGAGAAAAAAGCGCUCGCCAUGAAGAAAAAGAGGGAUGCGGCUAAGAAACGCAAAGACAGCAAUCUACCACACGUCAUUAUCAAUGAGAAACGAGACAAGAAACAGGCGACGGCUCUGGUUAAAUCCAUUCCACAUAUGUUUGACACGCGCGAACAGUACGAACGUGCCAUGAGAAAUCCGGUUGGCAAAGAGUGGAACACCCCGUCAGUAUUCAACAAAAACAUUAAACCGGCCAUUUCUAUUAAGGCUGGAGCUGUAAUUGCUCCCAGAAGGAAGACCAAGGAGGUGAAGAUGGCGGUACCGAAGCUGAGGAAACAGAACAAUCCUCGGAAGUUCAAAACGUAGGCGCGCGAGGGGUGCAGAAUAAAUGAUGUACACAGUAAAGCAUCUUGGUCUGG